GGAAGGUUCCCAGUUUGUGCAUGCGCAGUGUUCCAUGUUUGACUUUGUGAUACCUGAUAAACGAGGCUGCUACGCUCACGUGCAUAGUCUCCUCAUGCGUAGUCUCCUCGUACAUGCCCAUGCUGGCAACACAAGAGGUACAGGCAUAAUAUUCAUCGGCGUACAGUGUGAAAAUUUACAUCACCUCGACAGGAAAAAAAAAAACAAUUCAAAAGUCCCACCAUAAAAUCGGUCAAAUUCUUCGUCCAGCCGCUUAAUAGUCAUGGAACUGACAACCACACUUUUGGGUGCUGUCUUGCUGUUUCUGUUGUAUGGAAUGCUGACGAUCUAUCGCCGUGGUGGUACGACCAACUUGCCUCCAAGCCCGGGAACUCUCUCCUUCUUACUGAAGUUUUAUAUCAUUCAACCGAUUUUCUUCAAGGUACCGCCACAUAAAAUCUUCUACAGUUUUGCUCAGAAGUACGGUCCUGUCUACAUCGUGGAUCUUUUCUUGAUGAAUCUCGUCGUCAUUCACGGCGCCGAUACGAUACAAGAAGCUUUCCACAACAGACACAUUUGCGAUCGGCCGCCGGUCAAGAUACUGAAGCAUGUUUUGGAUGGUUCAGGAAUAGCAUUUUCGUCCGGAGAAGUGUGGAAGAUUCAGCGGAGGAUCGCAAUGACCUUCAUGAAGACUUUCGGCUUAAACAAGACGGAAUUUGAAGACCGGGUUUCCGUAGAAGCUGACCACCUUGUGGCUGAGGUGGCCAAGCACGAAGGCCAGCCGUUCAGCCCCUACGUCCUGAUGGCCAAUGCCGUCUCCAACGUCAUCUGUCAGGCGGUCUUCGGUCAGCGCUACGACUACGCCGAUCCGCAAUUCAAGCGGCUACUGGGGGCGAUCUACCGCAACAUCCAGCUGAUCGGGGGAGUCACGGGGGCCCUGCAGGUGAUGCCUGGCUCCCAGUGGUACGGCAGGUUCUUGCCUCCGGUCAGGGAGACCGGGGAAAACUUCAAGCUCAUCUACGACUUCACCCGGAGUGUCGCGGAAGAGCACAGGAAAAGCUUCGAUCCGGAGCACCCACGGGACUUCAUCGACGUGUACUUACGGGAGACGGAGUCGUCUGCGGAAAAGAAGUCCAAGGUGAAUCUGAACGACCUGUGCGCCACGGUAGGGGAUCUCUUCAUGGCUGGAACGGAGGCCACGUCGACAACGGUUCGAUGGGGAAUGCUUUACAUGAUGGCGUAUCCGGAAAUACAACAAAGGAUUCAGGAUGAGAUCGAUCGUGUGGUGGGCAGAGACCGAUUCCCCAACAUGUCCGACCGAAGUCAGCUUCCCUACACGGAGGCAACCAUGCUCGAGAUACUCCGCCUGGGUAACGUGGUUCCCCUUGGGGCGCCCCACCAGGCCUCCGCAGAUACCACCAUUGGCGGGUACCGCAUUCCGAAGGGCAGCAUCGUGUUCGCCAAUAUUGGCAUGCUCGGCUUUGAUGACAAGACCUUCCCAGAGCCGGAGAAGUUCAAGCCGGAGAGGUUCCUAGACGAAGCCGGGCAGCUAACCCAGCAGAAGAACGACAUGAUACCUUUCUCCACAGGUCCGCGCAUGUGCAUCGCCGAGACAAUGUCCCGGACGGAGCUCUUUGUCUUCUUCACUCGUCUGAUCCACCGGUUCACCUUCAGGAAACCAGCCCAGGCCCCGCCCAUCUCCUUCCAGGGCGUGCCAGGGAUCACCCUCUCUCCCCUGCCCUUCGAAAUUUGCGCCGUUCCUCGAAAGUAGGCCGACUGGGAGAGGGGGGGAAGAUCCAUCAAAUUUUGACUCCUACAAUGAAAUCUGUUAGGACUCUUGGAAUCAUGCACAUUUUUGUUUGUUAAUUGUUUUUAUUAUAUUGUCCUGUUUAUUGUGCAGGGAAUUUCUCGAUUAAUGGUUUUCCCGUUUACUGAACAAAUAAACUAUGGUGUAAACGAUACUGUUCAAUUGCAA